AUGAUCCUCUCGUGCGUUCUGUUUCUUAUUUCUGUCACUCUCCUCUCAUUUGCCGAAGUUAAUCCUUGUGAUUCCAAUUGGCACUACAACAAUAACACUGGUUCUUGCUAUAAGACUUCUACUGAGAUGGGAACCUGGUUUGAUGGAUCGGCCAUCUGUGAGAGAAUGCAUAAAGGUGCACAAUUAGCAUCACUUCGAACUGAAGAGGAAUCAAAAUUUGUGGCUAAAGUGCACAGAAACGGACUGGAUGGAAUUCAUGCCUGGACUGGACUUUCUCAAACUAAAACUGCCAACAACUGGACAUUCACAGAUGGAUCCAAGCCGUGGUUCACUUUUGUAUCCCCUUAUCUAUUCCCCAGCAAUCUCACAAGUUGCGUCGAAAUCCUUGACAACUGGCUCAACGAACUUUUCCAAAAUAGUGGAAAAACUCAACCCAUUUUUUGCUAUCACUACCGUAAAGCGUUGUGCAAGUACUAUCCGGCUCCUCUUACUCCUAUUAAAACUACAGUAAGAACACCAGCUGCCCGAAUCGAGAAGGCUCAUCCAAGAAGCGUCCAAUCUGAAAUAGUUUCUGGAUAUUCUGCUGGGACCGUUCAAAACCAAGGAGCUGAUAAAAAACCAUCGAAUGCUGGUCCAGUUUCUACUUCUGUCCACACUGGAUCUGCAUCUAAUAAAACUGGGACACCAUAA